AAAAUUAACAAAUACAAAAAAAAAAAUAUUUAUAAUAAACAAAAUAUUUAUAUGGAUUGUGAAAAAUAAAAGAAUUAUCCGAAUUGUAAAAAUGAAGAAACAAAAAGUAUUAAAAAAGGCCCAUGGAACUAAAAAGAGGAUGUUUUACUUUUAAAUUGGAUAAAAGUUUACGGUCCUUCAAAAUGGUCUUAAUGUGCUGAAACUAUAAAAGGACGUACAGGAAAAUAAUGCAGAGAAAGAUGGUUUAAUAAUCUAGACCCUGAAGUUAAAAUAGGUUUUUGGAGUCCUUAAGAAGAUAACUUAAUAUUUGAGGGAUAUUUAAAAAAUGGAUCGUCAUGGAGUGCAAUAGCUAAAUAAAUAUAAGGGAGAACUGAAAAUUCAGUAAAAAAUAGAUUCUAUAGUACAAGUAACGGAAAACAAUUUUGA